CGGGGCUGUUCGCGUUCUGCGUGCGGGCGCUGCGUUGGGCCGCGCCGGGAUGGAGCCUCAAGGACCGCGUCCUGCUCAGCGGAAGGCUGGUGUCGACGGUGCAGGCCACGAUGGCCACGGUGUCGGGCCUGACCGUGGUGCUUAGCUGCGAGGAUGUGGUGCACGACAGGCACUGGCUGGCUGUGGAGUACGUCUGGGUCCUGGUUCCCUACAUGACCUACGACAUCUACGUCAUGUACCUCUGCCACUGGCACAAGAGCCAAGAGAAGGGCAUAGCAGAGAGGAAGCACUCGCUGACCAGUGUGCGGAGCUUCCUCCUGCAGGAGCGGCUGAUGGUCACCCACCACGUCUUCAUCCUCAUCGUGCUCACCCCUGUUACCCAGCACUUCAGGGGAGAGCUGGGGGAUUUCUUCGUGGGCUGCAUCUUCACAGCAGAGCUGAGCACUCCUUUUGUAUCACUGGGCAAAAUCCUCAUGCAGCUGAAGAUGCAGGACACGCUGCUGCACAAAGUGAACGGGAUCCUCAUCCUGGUGACUUUCUUCCUCUGCCGUAUUCUCCUCUUCCCCUUCAUGUACGCAGCCUAUGGCAGGCAGGUGGGAAUCCCAGUUUACAUGGUGCCUUUCCGCAUCCCCCUGCACUGCAACAUAGCCAACGCCUCCCUCAUCGCCCCGCAGCUCUACUGGUUCACACUCAUCUGCCGCAAAGCCGUCCGCCUCUACGGCAGCUCACCUGCUGACAAGAGCAGGUAAUGGCUGGCAGAGCACGAGGGCUGGAGAAGGGUUGUUCCCUUCCCAGCUCUUCUGCCUGCAAAGUCAGCGCUGCAGGAACCAUCGUGGGAGCACAGCAGCGUCGAUACCACGAGGCAGCCCUGCUGUCAGCAGUGCCGGCCUCAGCUAGGGAGAACUUUCCUUCCACGCUGCUCCUGCACUUUGAGCAAGGAGGAGGUCUCCCCAUAAGCAUAACUUAUGGGGUUCAGAGCUGGGCACCAAACUAAUGGUUACACGAGAGGGGAUUGUUACAGAUCCCCCAUCUUUCAGGGCUGAUGGCAGCACAGUGAGGCACAAAGGAGCUUGUGGAGUGGAUGCAGCAGUGUAGGCGAUGCUGGAGCGUGCCCAGCCCCAAGCAGCAGUGCUGGGGAUGUGGGAGCUGCGUGCUGUCCCUGCUGGGUUCAGAUCUGCUCCUCCUGCAGGAAGCAGAGCCAGGCCCCACGAUUCUGCACAGCCUGUUCCCCAACAGGGUCUUUACACUACAGCUGCAUUCAGCCUCUGACUUCCCCACACCUCACUGCUGCUGGGCUCAAGCUCACCUGGGACUCUCCACUUAACUCAAAGGGGAUUUUCAGUACCACUGUCUGAUGUCUAUGGUUGACAGGGGGUAGGGCAGCUCCGGAGCCCCCAGCAGGAUCCAAGGAUUGGUUGCACUGUGUCACAGCAAGCCAAGCAGGCAGAGGGCCAUUGCUGAAGGGUAGGACAAGGGCAGGAGAUUGCAAAGUCCCCAUCCCACCAACGCAGAGCCCUUCCGUGGCAGGUGAUGGCUGGUUUCAACCCCUUGCCUUGAUGCAGUUGCACAUGGGGAUGCAUGCAUCUGCCUCAUUACCUCUAUAAGGUAACUGAAAGCCCAACACAUUUCCUUGCCCCUGCUUUCCCUUCAGCUGACACCAGCAGCACUCUGUGUGGGUACAACCUGAGCUCCAGCUGCCCCUCCUGCCCCAUCCCAGUCUCCCACAAAGGGAGGCCUGCCUGAAGCUGACAGGGAAGGAACUGGUCAGUGCAUAAGGAACCAGCAACACCAGAGCAGGGUGCUGAGCUGUGUCCUUAACCGGUUCAGCCCAUUUCCACCUUCAGUACAGUGAAAAAGAGGCAAGGCUUCUGUGCUCACCUUGCACCAUGACUGCAGUGUGCGGUUACCAAGCCCAGCAGGUGUGUACAAGCUGGACAUCAAUCCUGCUUUCUCUGAGCACAGCGUAAAACUGAGCAGCCAGGUUUUCCCCACAGCCUCCUGCACAAGCCUGGAGUUUCCUCUGUUCCAGGGCAGCCAGCUGCACCAGCAGUUGAUAGACCAGCACCCACUCUGUGCCUUUCAUUCUGUCUAAAAGCUAAAAAGGAUGGCUGGAAGAGAUCUAGUCUGGGAGAAUCAUUUCUUUUGGGUGUCAGAUCUUGUCCCAGUCAUGGCUGUGCAGGCUGGAAAGAAUAAUAAUAAUUUUAGAAAAGCCUCUUCCAGCACGCUGUCGGUUAUUGCACAAACACUACUGUUACAUUAACCAUUGAGACAAGCUGCUGUUAUAAACCGCUUGCUACCCAUUGCAAAUAUUUGUAUAUUGCUGUUUUUAUUACAGAUAACGUGCCUUAUGUAAAGACAAAAAAUCCACUGAGGCAUCUCAGUUUGCACUAACACUGCCCUAUUUACUACUGCACCUAUCAGAAGAGAUCAAUAAAGACUUCUUUCCUGAGUCACACCA